GCAGAUAGAAGAGCUCCAGCCCUGAAGAGAGAGACCUCAGUCCUCUGGGGAAGAAGGCAGAGCAGACAUAGCUCUGGGCUACAUGCAGGGACAGCCUUAGUCUGGACACCAGCAGGGACACCUCCAGGGUCUGUACUUAGGCUCUGUACAGGGAAGACACAACUCAGGAAGGGAAAGCAGAGAUUCCUGGCCAGGAGAGUGAGGUGGUCACACACAGCGGACAGCAGAGACUGAUGGAAAGCUCCUCACAAGCUCCCCACAGUGGGGGCAUCCCCUGGAAGGGGCUCCUGCUCACAGCCUCCUUCCUCAGCUGCUGGAUCCAACAGACAACUGCUCAAACUGCUUCCACCACUGUUGUGCCAAACCCACCCUAUGGGACAGUGGGCGGCAGUGUCAGCUUGGAAGUCCUAGGGUUCUCUGAGCAGCCUCCCAGAUAUACCUGGUACAAAAGUGCAGUAGACAGCUCCCACCAGAUCGCUUCAUAUGUUACUAGUACUGGAGAGGCGACAACAAUAGAAAGCCGGCUGGACGUGUUCUCCAAUGGCUCCCUGAUCAUCCGUGACCUCAUCCUCAGUGACAGUGAUGACUACAUUGUAGAAGGUGUUGAUCCCACAACCUUAGAAAUAUUAAGAGCACAAGGACAUUUAACUGUGUAUGGAUUACUAUCCAAACCUACAAUCAACAGCAACAACACGGCCCCAGUGGAGAACAAGGACACUGUCUCCUUGACAUGUCAGUUUGACAGUCAAGAUGUCACAUACCUGGUUUGGUUCAUAAACCAAAGCUCCCCAGCUGAUGACAGGAUAGUGCUGUCCCUGGACAACACGACACUCACUAUAAUCAAUGUCACAAGGGAAGACCAAGGACCCUAUCAGUGUGAAAUCUGGAACCCAGUUAGUGGCAAUAAGAGUGAACCAUUCACACUGAAUAUUACUUAUGGCCCGGAUACCCCCAUGAUUGUCCCCACAGAUCCUCAUUACCCUGUAGGGGCAACUCUUGAGUUGUCCUGCUCUGCUGACUCUAACCCACCUGCCCAGUACACUUGGCUUUUCAGUGGAAUGGAAACGGUGUCCACAUCCCAGCUCUCUAUUCCUAAUGUGAAUCUGAAUGACACUGGAACCUAUACCUGUAAUGCAUCUAACUCAGUCACUGGCCUGUCUAGCAGCAAAGACAUCAAUAUCACAAUCUCUGAAAUAGUAUCCAAACCUAACAUCACUGCCAACAGUACCAACGUCAUAGAGAAUGCCACGUUAUUCUUCACAUGUAACACAGAACAUGAGGGGAUCAACAUUCUGUGGUUCUUCAAUAAUGAGUCCCUGUCACUCAACGAGAGGAAGUACCUGCGUGAGAAUAACCAGACCCUCAUCAUCGAGAAUGUGACGAGGGAGGAUGCUGGGUCCUAUCAAUGCGAAGUCUGGAAUCCAAUCAGUGCCAAAAGAAGUGACUCCCUUGAACUGACUGUGAACUAUGGACCAGACUACAUCGUAUUUUCUCUAAGCCCUGUAGGAGAUGAGAUUCAGGUCACAUUCGCAGAGCAACUCAACUUAGUGUGUCAGGUUGACUCUUACCCACCUGCACAGUAUGAAUGGCAAGUCAAUGACACUGUGAUCUCUAAUCUAACUGAUAACACAUACACUGUCAGUAAUGUAUCUUGGGAAGAUUCAGGAAAGUAUACAUGUUUGGCAUGGAACAAUGUGACCAACUUAUCAGUCUCUAAGACCGUCACAAUCACAGUGGUUGCAGAAAAGUCUUCAGAAGGAGGUAAUGGCUCCUCACUCUCUGCAGGGGCCAUCGCAGGCAUUGUGAUUGGAGUCCUGGCUGGAGUGGCUCUCAUUGGGGCCCUCAUCUAUUUCCUGUUCUUCAGAAACGCUGGAGGGGCCAGCGAACAUCAUCUUACAGAGCACAAAUCCUCAGCACCCAACCACAGUCAGACCUACUCUGACAGCUCACCUAACAGGACUGAAGAAGUAUCCUAUGCCUCUGUGAACUUCAAUGCCCAGAAACCACGUGCCAUGGCUCAAUCCCCACCACCCAUGAACACUGUUUAUUCUGAAAUCAAAAAAUGACGCAGUCGUUCUUGUUCUCUGCACUGUGGACAGACGUAUUUAUUGUGACCUUCUCCCAGCUUCCUCAAGUUCGGAGAUGCCAACCUUGAGCAGCUCAGGUCUACCACAUUCCCACCAACCUCAGGGAAGGAGGAGGAGAGAGGCCCUCCCAUCACAUCCUGGAAGCUGUCCAGGCGAGCCCCUCCCCUCCAUUGUCAACAGAUGACUAGGAUACAUAGGGUGCUUCUCAGAAGCUCACCUUCCCUCUCUCCUCAAAAGUUGGCACUCGUUCCUGGGAGAGGGCAUCCACCAAGACAUCUCAACCUGGCAUUCUCCAAUCACACACCUGCUCAAAGCACAAUCAUCAGGCCUGCCCCUAGCUUCGGCCAGUUAGGACAAUGUGAACUGGGGCUGCUUGCCCCCUACCAAAAGUCAGCAACCGAAGGAGCAGCUGCUAGAUUUGGACUCAGGACUGGAUAUAAAGCUCGGCUCUGCGGCUUCCACCAUUCUCCUGACCUUGGGAGACUUUCCUCCCUUCUGCCUCAGUUUCCCCUUUUAUAAAAUUAAGAGGUUGGACUGAUGAUCUCUAAGGACUCAUAGUUCUAGACCCUGUGACUCUGUGCCACAUCUGACGCAGAGUUUCUGGAAGGUGGAAGAGUGGGAGCCACCAUCAGCCCAGCAGCAGGUUUUCUAUUUUCUAUCUGGACUUUGCUGUCCCUGCUCUUCCCUCCCUAUGCCUGUCCUUCUUCCCCAGAGGGGAGGGAAGAGGCAGGGAGGACCAGAGCUCAGGGACCAUCUUGGACAGGCACUUUACUACCCAGUCAAACCAGGGAGGGGAAUGUUCCCUCUUAGUUUCCUGAGCACUACCAGAAAGCUGUUAGCCAGGGCCCUAAGGGAAUUCCCUAAUGGAAAAGGCAAAAGUCCAACCCAGAGGACUUUCAAAGUCAUUACCAUCUGCUCAGGGAAGCUGCCAAGAGAGAUAAGAGGAGACCAGAGUCUGGAAUGAGUCAGCGUCCUCUUCCAGAAAAAUUCUGUGGGGGGCUGGGCAGUGGAGUCCAAACCAGCCCAGAGAAAACCUGGCCUCUGGCAGCAAAUAUUAGGACCAUACACACAUCUGGCUGUUAUCUUUCCCUUUUCUGGGUCCCUUCAGCCCCAGGGAUGGGAAUAGGGGCUGGUAGGGUUCUGCUCUUCUGUCUUUUACUUAAUUGCCUUAGCUAACCUGUUUGCCUAAUGCAGAAGCUUCCAAUCCCCUCCACCUCACAUUUCCCUGAUCCCUCUGACUUCCCAGGGAUUUAGUCAAGGUCUCCAGAAGUACAUGGGAAGGAAGGGAAGAGUAUCUUCUCAAAGAAGGUGGGGAGGGGGCAGAGAUGGGGGGAAUCCCGGCAGUCCCUGGAGACAUCAAUCAGCUCGCUCCAUGGUGGCCACAUCUCAUCCUCUCCCAAUACCCAUGCACACCAUCCACUGCCUCUGUCACCCCUGCAUCCCCUCUCAGGAAACAAUGGCCUCCACCUAAGGGAUGUCAUGUGGGUGGGCUUGGUCCCCUGGAGCAUUGGGAGCUCCCCCAGGGGCCCUGUUUACAUGACCACUCACAUGGGCAGCACAGACCUCACACUGGUGCUGAGGUUCCCAGGGGUACCUGGACAAGACCUUAGAGAUCACUGGUGCAACCCACCAACCUGUCUUGCCUUGCAGCCACUGGGGAUCUUUCUCUGGAGGCCUCACCUGUCACAAAUAGCUCUAUAAGCACCCCCUGCCCAAGUAGAAUCAUAGAAUAUCGGAAUGGUGGGAGAUCCCAGAACUCAACUAAUCUGGCUCUAACCAGAGAAUCAGACCAAGGGGAGGGGAGAAGGGUGAGCUGAACUCUCUAUCCAGCCUUCUACAGAGUUCUACAAGGUUUUCUACUCAAUACUUGAUCUCACCCUGAAUCUGAGGGGUUUCUUUUCAUAGAGAAAAUCCAUGUAGGGAGAUCUCAGUGAUGAAACACCUCUUCCAUGACUCACUCACCAAAAUCCAAAGACUGUACCCUCUCUCACCAGAUCCAGACUCUGCGGCAUUUAAUUUUACAUGGCCCAAGGAUGCUUCUCUCUCUCUCUCUCUCUCUCUCUCUCUCUCUCUCUCUCUCUCUCUCUCUCUCUCUCUCUCUCUCUUUCUCCUGAUGACUGUUCAUAAAGAUGAUUUGCUAUCUAUUUAUAAUAAAAACUAUAUCAUUUAAACAUGAA